AUGUCUGCACCACUACCACAGGGCUGGGAAGAGCGUCGCGCACCAGAUGGUCGGCCUUAUUACGUGGAUCUCAGCAACAACUCGACUACGUGGGAGGAUCCUCGAAUGAAGCUUCCUCCCCCUCCUUAUCAGGAAAGUGGUAGUCAACAACGAGGCUAUUACCCACCUCCUCCUCCACCACAGCAACAGCAGCAGCAAGGUUAUUAUCCUCCACUACCACCACCGCCGUCCCAAGGCGGCCAGUAUGGCGCACCUUCUCCGGGGUAUCCUCCUCAACAACAAGGCUACCCACUACAAGCACAAGGAUAUCCUCCACCACAAGGAUACCCACCUCAGCAACAAGGAUACCUACCGCAACAAGGUGGUGAUCGAGGAUACUACCGACUACCACAAGGGUAUCAACCACCAUCACAACCAGCUCAGCAAGGUGGCUAUCCCGGUCAACAGCAAUAUCUACCUCCUGGUGGCAAUUAUCCAGGUCAACAACAACAACAACAACAACUGCAACCAAGCGAGCCACAGAAAAAGUCUGGCAUGUCGACUGGCAUGAAAAUUGCAGCUGGCGCGGCCGCAGCGGGUUUGGCCGGUUGGGGUAUUGCUGAAUUUGUGGAGCACGAGCAAGACCAGAACGAAGAAAUAGAAGAGCUGCGACGCGAGCAAGAGGCGUUGGAGUAUGGUGGACCACCGCCACCAUGUGAGGUAUAA